AACAUUUAACACACUCAUACACACUGGCACAGUUACAAGCGGUUGGGAUCCUGCCACAUGAGUCGAGGCAGAUUUUGUGAGAGAGAUAGACAGAGAGACAGAGCGAUACAUGCCAGCAGCAGCAGCAGGUUGAUUUAAGGAACGCACCAAAAAGGAAAGACAUAACGCGGAGAAAAUAUUUGGAGCACCUGUCCCUGUCGUGUUAUUAUUUUGUUGCGUUGCCAUAUUAAUCUGGAAAGUUCCUAGAAUCCGAUUCAUUUGUAAUCGUGCGGUAGGACUCCGGGUGCCAAAUGCUUCUACAUCCGCUGAUGAACGGGGCCCUGGAAAUCAUGCAUCCCAGCAGUAUUCAAAAAGACACUACUUUCACCAAGAUCUUUGUCGGUGGUUUGCCUUACCACACGAACGACGCGUCGUUGCGAAAAUAUUUCGAGGCUUUCGGCGACAUAGACGAAGCGGUGGUGAUAACGGACAGACAGACCGGGAAAUCUAGAGGUUACGGCUUUGUCACUAUGACGGACCGGGGGGCGGCGGAGAGGGCCUGUAAAGACCCCAACCCCAUCAUCGACGGCAGGAAGGCCAACGUGAACCUGGCCUACCUGGGGGCCAAGCCUCGGAGUAUGCAGACAGGUGAGGAGCACGCUGGCCUCUCCAUCGGAGUGCAGCCCAUUCACCCUGCGCUUGUCCAGAGGCAGUAUGGGCUGGCCCAGCAGUACCUCUACCCCCAGGCCUUCGUGCAGCCCAGCCUGGUGCUGCCCUCCCAGGUGUCCGGCUCGGUGGGCUCCAGCCCCUACCUGGACUACAACACGGCCGCCGCCUACUCCCAGUACGCCCAGGCCGCCUUCGACCAGCACUACCCCUACGCCCCCUCGCCCGCCAGCUUCAUGGGCUACGCCUACGCCCCCGGCUCCGCCUCCUCCGGGACCAGCUCUGCCGCCGCCGCCACGGCGGCCGCCGCCUCCAGCCUGGCGGCCAUGCACGCCAGCCUGGCCUCCUCCGGCGCCGCCGGCCAAUCACAGGCCUUCCUCCACUACCCCCCGCAGCAGCACGUCCAGCCCGAGCGCAUGCAGUGAGCGCGGCGGGGGGGGGGGGGGGGGGGGUCGACUGGCGGGCCGGAGACGCGCGGCGGACGGUCGGUUCUGAGGCUUCAGAACGCAGCGGGGACACUGUUAGCGUGUCCUUUAGCGGGGGGGUCUUCAGGCAUAGGGAGAAGACUAUUGCACUAUACCAUCAGGACAAGUACCUCCUCCAUAGGGCGAAGGGGUUGAGGGGGGCGGGGUUUAGAGGCCAUGCCUGGGCUGGUUGAGGAUACAAGGGGUCUGUAGGGAAGCUGUAUGGAUGUGUGUGUGUGUGUGUUUGUGUGCGUGCGUAUGGAUGUACGUAUGGAUGCGUGCGUGUGUGUGUGUGUGUGUGUGUGUGUGCGUGUGUGUGUGUGUGUGGAUGUACGAAUGUAUGGAUGUGCUUCAAAGGGCUUUUGGAAACCUUUUUUCUUUUUGUAUAAUCAUUAUCAUGGUCUUUUUAUUAUUCUAUAAAUGUCGUUAUCCAUGUUUAUUUACCCUGUUCUUAUCAAUGUAUGUAUCGUUAUUAGUUUUUCUGCUCCACCAGCAGAAUCCCAGAGUGAGUCCUGUGGUCUCCUCGAUACGAGAGAACUCACGAGCAGGUACACAGCUUGUGCUGCUCUGGGACAAUGGAGACACGAAACGGGGUUAGAGAGAUAAGUGGGGCGGGGCGGGGAAAGACAAUUGCUUUGGAAAGGAAGGGACACACACAAACACACAUACACACAGACACACACAGAGACACACACACAAAAAGAGUAACACACACACACUUUUUAUCUGAAGCCUUUCUCCAAUUUUUAUUAAAGAGGCCUUAUAAAAAAAUCAACGUUUUUACUAAAGAUUUCACACUUUUUUUUUGUUUUAACCAGCACUCCUUCGCCUUGCAGCAGAAUUAAACAAAGUGCAUCCCCUAAUUAACCAGAUCCCUAGUGACACUAGUGUGUCACGUUAUUCAGAGGUUCUGGAGGGUUCUCGAGGAGGGAGGGUCUGGAGUGCUGGGGUACGUUCUGUCAGGUAGCGGACACUGAGCUAAGACACCAGUGCGUUUCUAUAAAUGUCCUUCUUAUGUACUUGUAUUUUUAAACUGUUAAUCUGUCACUCUCCAAAGGUCAUUCAUUGUACAGCAUUUUUAUAAAUGUUUCAGUUAAACAAUAUUUAUGAGUAGGUAUUUAUAGGAGAUUCUAAGUUAAAAUGCUUAUUUUUUUGUGUUAUUACAAUUUGUGGCACUGAAGGUGUAGCCCUCCCAGGCUGACCUCUGAAUCCACAGGGACAAUUUUUGUAUAUCAGCCUAGUUUCUAUCCAGAUGUCAUGUCGGGGAACAUUUCUGUGGGUAAAAACAGCAGCUAGGAGGCUCUUGUAGGGCUCUCAUGCUGAGACACAAAUGCUAGAUUUGUUUCAAUAAGAUGUCCUUUACAGUCCAUUCAAGGAAGCCAUACCAAAAAAAAUAAAAUAAAGACUUUGUAUUGUAAAGAUUAA